AUGGAAAGUCAAGUGUCCGCUGAUAAGGAAUACAACGAUUUAAUCAAGCCCAUCAUGUUGAGUGGCAAAUUCAUCUGCGUUUGGCCCUUAGAGAAGGACCGUCCGAUCCACAAAAAGCUGCUCCACAUUUGUCACCUGUUCUGGUUACUUUUCGUACUUUUAUCAAUGUGUGUAACUGUGACAACCGAUACAAUUUUACACUUUGACGAUUUGGUCGAAUUUACGGAGUGUGCUUUGUGGAGCUCUGUAUUUUAUCUCACUAUUGUACGUCUUAUUAUCUUCAUGACCCAUCAAAAAGAUAUGGCAUAUGUAGUCGAGACUAUGAGAAAGGAUUGGAUUUGUUCAUCAUAUGAAGACAGGGUUGUCUUGAAGGAGAAAUGUCAUUUUGCAUUUCGGCUUUCAAAGAUUUUCAUAUCUAUGGUAUAUGGAACUGUAAUUUGCUUCUCAUGCUUACCAAUUUUAGAGAUAUUUAUUCAGGGAGGGCAGAGGAUAUUACCCUUCCAUGGGUAUUUCUUUAUCAAUCAGACCGUCUCUCCCGUCUACGAAUGUAUCUACGUAUUUAAUGUAAUGGGUGGCUUUUUCGCGGGUGGCACGAUAUGCGGCGCGACUUCCUUCAGUCUGAUGGCAACAAUACACGGAUCAGCAAAAUUCGUGGUGCUGCAAAAAAAGUUGGAAGCAAUAACCAGCAACGAUCCCCACGUUGAUAGAGCGUUGGCUAAUUGUGUUAAGCGUCAUCAAGACGCUAUCGCCUUUGCGGAUGCGCUCGAAAGAACUAUAAAUGUUUUGGCGUUAGCACAGUUCGUAAUUAGCACCGGCUUGGUGUGUUUCGCGGGAUUUCAAAUUACUUCGAUGAUACAAAACAAGGCACUCUUGAUGGAAUAUGGAAUGUUUCUUCAAGCUGCCGUUCUCGAACUCUUUAUGUUCAGCUUUAGUGGAAACGCGUUAAUAGAAGAAAGCGAUGCCGUGGGCGAGUCGGCUUACCGUAGCGGCUGGAUCGGCGGCACUUUCGGUCGCAGUCUGCAGAUCGUGAUAAUGCGGUCGAAAGUUCCUUCCAGGAUCACCGCUGCAAAGUUCUACAGCAUGUCUCUCGAAACCUUCUCUCGAGUGCUCAGCACGUCUUUCUCCUAUAUAACAGUUCUGAUGGCCGCGAAAGAGGAGUAA